AUGAAUGCAACAAAACAAAUGAAGCAGACUCCUCUUCAAAAACGCCCAGUAUUAGACUACUCUCCUCCAGGUUUGAAGAAGAAAGGAAAACAAAAUUUUGAAGUAAAUCCAAUGGUUUUACUGCCUUCUGAUACACCAGAAAGUAUUGCUCAGUAUUCUAUAGAUCUUCCAUCAGUAAAUAAAGAUAGUGUACUAGAUGAAAUGGACAUGCUUAAGAAUAUCACUGUGCAUCUAAAUCAGAUUGUACAAACAAUGGAACAUGUCUAUACAAAGGAUGACAAAACUCAGGAAGAGGGAGAAGAGGAAGAAGAAACCCUACCUGAUGAAUGUGAAGAUAUGCUCUCUUUCCUGGUAUUUUGUUCACAACUUAGUAAUCAAUUAGAGGGUGCACUUCGUGAAGAAAAGCAGAUAUUAGAAUCAUUGCUUAAGUGGUUUGAAAAGGAAGUCCAGAUGCUGGAGGAGCUAGGUGAGGAAGAAAUUAUACCGGAUUCACAAGUUCCAGCUGCUGAUAAAAACAUAACUGAUAACAUUAAUAAACUAAUUAACCGCAUCCAGAGACUUGAAGACUUGAAGGGCCGUGUUCAAGAAUUGCCCAAAUAUAUCCGGACUUCUACACCUAGGGAAAGGAGAAGACAAUUAGGACCACCACCGCCUAUUCCAAAAGACCCCAAGAAUAUUAUAGAAGAACUUGCUAUGAAACACACAACUGAAGAUGUAAUGAAUAUGGUUCAGGUUUUCCAAGAUGACUCAGGAGCACCACAAACUAUUGAAUCAAUGAACAGUCGCAUGAUAGAAAUAAUGAAAAUAUUUGAAAGACAAACAAAUAAGCUGCACAGAGUUACAAAUGAACAAGAUGUCCUGGAAGGUAAAUUACAGAAGAUACAACAAGAAUUCCGAAAGCUAGCAGAAGAGAAACAAAUAAUGGAGGAUGAACUUCAAAAGAUGAAAACUUCAGAUAUAGCACUGGGAAAAGCAUCGACUGAUACCAGGAAAAAAUUACUAGCGAAACUGGAAAAGGAGAAAGGAAAAGUUGAAGAGAAAACUGGUGCUCAGCCAGAAAAGGGGAAAAGGCCUUCAGGUACUCAGAGGGUAAAAGAAUCUGAAGCUGUGAAAAUGAAAGAAGAUUUAGUCAAAGCUCAGGCAAAUAUUCAGUCUCUUGAAAGAGAGAAGAAAAUGCUUGAAGAAAGACUACAGCAAGUUUUAGAGGAAGCUUAUAAGACUAGGGGUGAACUUGCUGAAAUACCCCCAGAUAUUCCAGACUGGGAGUUUCCUUAUACAGCUGUUGAAGAAAAUGAGAAGGAUUUACCUAAGAAAGGCAAAAAAGGAAUAAAACUUAAAGGCAAAGGAGAAGAUCGAAUAAAUAUAAGAGGAGCAUCUGUUACUGAUGGAACUGUUCAGAAAACAGCAAAGUUUGACACUGGGAAAGCAGGUGAAACAUUACCCGGUAAGGGUCAGGAAAUUGCACCCCAAGCAAGAGAUGGUAAAUCCAAGAAAAAAGGGGCAGAUACGUCUGAAACUGAACGUGGCUCUCUUCAUAAAGUACUUUCCAGUGCUUCAGAAAAACUUCCAAAACAACCUGGAAAACCAGAGAUCGCCACAAAAUCCAAGGAGACUGUAGAAUUGAAAAAACGGCGUUCAGCAAUGAAAGGGUCCUAAAAGAAUUCCUGAAAAUCUCUGAAGAAUGGUUUCCAUACUUCCACGAGGAGUGAAAUAAAAUCAAAACAAGGAUGCCGGGUCUUGCUGCUCAAUAAAUAAGAUGGUUUGAGAUCCAAUAUGUUGUGCAGUGUUAUUAGACAUUAAGAAAGAACAUUAAUG